AUGGUUGUCUUAGUUUCAGGCGCACCAAGAACGGUGUUCGCCACAGAUACAGUUACAAAUAGAAUGGUAGAGGUGGAUGAAGAAAGAGGUGAUUUGAUUGAUAAAGAGAUGGUAUUGAGGAAUAAAGAUGAAACUGUGUCAAUAAACAGAAAGCAAAGGACGGAAUCGAUUGAAAUGCUGGUUUCUGAAUGGGGAGGAUAUGUCAUAGAAACCGUUGAAGUUCCAAUUACUAAAGAAGAACAAGAUGAAGCAUCAGAAGGCAAUAGAAAUGAUUAA